GCCGAUAAUAAUGUACAAAAGGCUUCGGAAAAAUUGAUUUCAUUAGGUUAUAUAAAAAAAGAUUUUGCUCCUCCACCAAAACUUACCAAUCGACCACAUAAUGAAAUGAACGGUGGUGUUAAACCAACAAUUGAAGAUGAAAUUAAAAUUAUACCAUUACGUCCGAAAGAGUAUACUGAGGAAGAAAAAGAGGCCAUCAAACUUCAUCUUAAGGAAAAAUAUCCACAAAUAGUUGAUCAUAUAUUGGUAAUGGCUUUGGAAUCGGUUAACUAUGCUGAAGAUCGGGCUAUGCAAAUAUUACAAAUAGUUAAGGAGGAGGAAGAACAGCAAAAACUCCAAAAGACCCCAAAGCUAGCACACACAACAACUUUGGAAUAUAAACAAGAGGAACUUGACGGCUUAGGCAAUAUAUCGGGUCGUGUUAGUAGGCACUCACAUCGAGAUCAAACAGAUGCCGCCACAGACAAACUAUGUAAGGAUUUCAAAUCUUUAAUGGGUCGUAUACAGACAAAUGGUCCCAAUGCCAGUUUAGCAAAGGAAGCCGAUUAUGUCACCUGGAAUGGUGCAAAUCCUGACUUUUGUCAAGGUCAAAGAAAUCUUGCCAAUGGCGCCGAUUCUACCAUGCGCACGGAACGUGCUUAUAAAGCCUAUGGUCAUAAUGCAGAUUUAUGUAAAGGACCUCAAUCAAGUUUGGCCAAGGGUAGUAUUUAUACGCAACAAAAUCCUGCUAACGCCAAUAAAUCAAUCGAUAUUAUAUGCAAUUAG